CUUUCGGGACAUUGAAUAAUAAGCCACGCCAUACUUUCAAAUCGGUUUUAUUUUAAUUCUUCUUCUCUGUAACUGGGAAGGAUUUGUACACGGAAGCAGACUGACAUCCACCUAUGCACAUCUUUUGGCCAUCGUAGAUCAUCUAAUUCUUUGUCUCCAAUUAUUUCAUCCUGCAUGUUUCCCUAUUCAUUCCAUUUCGCCUCUUUUACUUGAUCCAGGAUAUAUAUAUAUUUUAAAAAUAUAUACGUACGUCUAUUUUCACUGAUCGGCCAACGACGCCCCCGCGCCUUUAUCAAAGAUGGCCGCCCCCAUAGCCGUCACAGAGCCGCCGGGCGUGUCUUGGCCAUCAGCUGAUUGACAGCUCCCAGAGGCAGGGCGUCGGGCUUGCAGCUCCUCUUGUCCCCGAGCAUACAGAGAGAGAGCAGGAGAAUGGAUCGUUGGCUCCGGGGUUCACUGCACACCAUUCCUACCAUUUUGGACUAAAUCAAGUCCGGUCGCAGGCACAUCCUCGCGUUCGGUUUCUCAGACCAGGCGAUGAGCAGACUAAAUGAAGGGUGAAUGCCAAACUAGAGAGAAAGAGACCAUCAAAAUGACAGUGGAUUUUGAAGAGUGUGUGAAAGAUUCCCCUCGGUUCAGGGCGACAAUUGAGGAGGUGGAGACUGAUGUCGUGGAAAUUGAAGCAAAACUGGAUAAAUUGGUGAAACUGUGCAGUGGGAUGAUUGAAGCAGGGAGAGCAUAUACCACGGCCAACAAACAUUUUGUCAAUGGGAUCCGAGACCUCUCUCAACAAUGCAGGAAAGAUGAAAUGAUAUCGGAAUGCCUCCAGAAAUUUGGAGAGAGCUUACAAGAAAUGAUCAACUACCACAUGAUUCUCUCCGAUCAGGCUCAAAGGUCAGUCAGGAUGCAGCUGAAUAACUUCGUAAAAGAAGAUGUUCGGAAGUUCAAGGAGACAAAGAAGCAUUUUGAUAAGGUCAGAGAAGACAUGGAUCUGGCAUUGAUCAAAAAUGCUCAGGCUACGCGGAACAAGACACAUGAGGUGGAGGAGGCUACGGGGACAUUAACCAUGACCAGGAAAUGCUUCAGGCACCUGGCACUCGACUACGUUCUUCAGAUUAAUGUUCUGCAGGCAAAGAAGAAGUUUGAAAUAUUAGAUGCGAUGCUGUCGUUCAUGCAUGCUCAGUACACCUUCUUCCAGCAAGGAUAUGAUUUGCUUAAGGAGCUGGAUCCCUACAUGAAAAAACUGGCCACAGAGCUGGACCAGCUUGUGAUUGACUCGGCUGUGGAGAAAAGGGAAAUGGAGCAUAAGCACGCACUGAUACAACAGCGGACUCUGCUACAGGACUUCUCAUAUGAUGAUUCCAAAGUUGAAUUCAAUAUCGAUGCUCCUAAUGGAGUGGUGAUGGAAGGUUAUUUGUUCAAGAGAGCAAGCAAUGCUUUUAAGACUUGGAACCGGAGGUGGUUUUCAAUACAAAACAGUCAGCUGGUGUAUCAGAAGAAGAUGAAGGAUGCAUUAACUGUGGUGGUCGACGAUUUACGGCUUUGUUCCGUCAAACCUUGUGAGGACAUCGAGAGGCGCUUUUGUUUUGAGGUUGUCUCUCCAAACAAGAGCUGUAUGCUGCAGGCAGACUCGGAAAAGUUACGUCUCGCCUGGAUUCAGGCAGUGCAGGCUAGCAUUGCCACUGCAUACAGAGAGAGUCCAGAUAACAAUUACAUCAAUAGGCUGGACAGAACUGCAUCUCCAUCUACGAGCAGCAUUGACUCUGCUAGUGACUCCCGGGAUCGCAGUGUGAAGGGUGAAAGCAUCCUGCAGCGAGUGCAGGGCAUCGCUGGCAAUGACCAGUGCUGUGACUGCGGACAAGCUGACCCUCGAUGGGCCAGCAUCAACCUUGGGAUCACACUGUGCAUUGAGUGCUCUGGAAUUCACAGGAGCCUUGGUGUCCAGUGUUCCAAGGUUCGUUCUCUCACAUUGGACUCCUGGGAGCCAGAGUUACUUAAGUUGAUGUGCGAGCUGGGAAACAACACUAUUAAUCAUAUUUACGAAGGAAGAUGUGAGGAAUAUGGACUGAAGAAACCCCAGCCAGCAAGCACAAGGCAGCAGAAAGAAGCCUGGAUCAAAGCAAAAUACGUAGAAAGGAAGUUCCUUAAAAAGCUGCCGAAUGCCGACGCACUCACAGAUACUGAACGGAAACCACGUCGAUGGAGUGUCAAGAAAUGCCGACGGCACAACAGUUCCACCAAAGCUCCGACAGCACGCAGGAGGUAUCGGCAGGACACUGGCAGUGUGUCACCAGCAACAUUUGCAGCAGCGGCUGCACUGGAGAGAAAAUUUCGAAGAGACUCCCUGUUUUGUCCUGAUGAACUUGACUCACUGUUUUCAUACUUUGAUACUACAGCUGGGCCCCGUAGUCCCGCAGGUUUGAGCAGCGAUAGUGGCCUGGGCGGCAGCACUGAUGGCAGCACUGAUAUCCUGGUAUUCGGCACAGUGGUGGACAGUGUCACUGAAGAAGUGAGUGAGGUUUCAGAGGAGUCGAGCGGUGAGGCAGAGAUUGAGGCAGAAGCUUCCGACUCUGAAGAUCUCCGAGAGCUACACCCUGGCAUCCUCGUGUACAAGGCAGCACAAGCUCGCAAUCUGGCUGUCAUGGCUGAGGCCUUAGCCCAUGCUGCUGACGUCAACUGGGUUAAUGAUGAGGAUGAAAAUAAAACACCGCUCAUUCAAGCAGUCAUUGGGGGUUCACUUGUUGCUUGUGAAUUCCUACUUCAAAAUGGGGCUGAUGUAAAUCAAAAAGAUAUUCGAGGUCGUGGGCCGAUUCAUCAUGCCACCUAUCUGGGACACACUGGUCAGGUCUGUCUUUUUCUCAAGCGAGGAGCCAGUCAGAAUGCAGUGGACGAUGAUGGGCAGGAUCCACUCAGCAUCGCUGUUCAAGCAGCUAAUGCAGACAUAGUGACUCUAUUGCGACUGGCAAGAAUGAAUGAAGAGAUGCGGGAAACGGAAGGCCCAUUUGGCCAGCCAGGUCAAUAUCCUAGCAGCAGUCCUACUGAGCUUCAGUACAGGAAGUGCAUUCAGGAGUUUAUCAGCCUAAAGAUAGAUGAAUGCUAGGGAAACAGCACUAACUAACCUGGCUGGGUGAUGUAGUAAUGACAAACUGGGCCUCUUUUGACUACACAUUUCUGUUAUGGAUGGUGGGGCGAUGAGCUGUUUUCUUUAUGACCUUAUACAUACAGCUGGCACUGAUGGUGAAAGAAGAAAAGGGCUGUGCUUAAAGUUUAUUUUGUGUUGUGUGAACAGAUCCUUCCUUCACAUUUUUCAGUCUCAAUGUGGUUACUGUAAAGCAUGGAUUUAAGUAAUAAUUCACAAACAUUCCACACACUAAUGUCCUUUGUGGAUUCGUGGGUUGAUGUGCUCAGUUACAAGACACCAGCCGAUAAAGGUCAGCAAGUCUUUGCCAAACUAUCAGGUCUCACUAGGUGCAAGUAGAGAUGCUCUCGUUGAUCUGGAGGCUCCCUGGGUGAGGGAGGACAAACUCACAAAGGUUUCCAUUCCUGAUAGCUAUCAAGUUGGGUUGAGAACAGGAUUAGGUUCAGCACUGAUACCCUACCCCAUGCCACCACUCCCUCAUUGAAAAGGCUUGCCAGUCCCCAGUCUGUAGAGCAGUUACAUGAUGUACAGAGUGUUGCUGACAGCUAUGAAACUGUACGCCCCGAGUCAGCGAUCUUUGGACAGCAGGGAAGGAAAACAAAAUCAUAACUGGGGUUGAGAUUUUAAAGUUUAAAAUUUUACCUUUAUAAAUUAAAUUAAACUUUUAAAUAUUUUGGACUUCAAAAUGAAGUCUGUCUCAGCCCCUCCAAUUAAACCCAGGAUGCUCAGUUAAGUACGAGUACUAUAAGUUUCUGGUAACAAAUCAACAGCAGAUAGGAGUGGAAUGUUCUUCUAUAAGACCAUGAAUAUUUGUUACAUUAUUGCCUGCAAUUAAGAAUCGAUCAUUUCCUCAUAGCUUGGUUUGUUUUUUUAGAAAAGAUAUGCUGUUUUUAAUGUAAUUCUUCUUGGCUCUUUUCUAUUGGAACCCUGAAGGGCAAACUGUAAGUCCAGAUUAAUGUACAGACCCUUGCUUAGCUCAACACAUUCCCAAACUGACUCAGAUCAGUCACCUUACCAUCUACCACCAGCAGAUAAACAGAUCUGCCAAUAAUUUGUAGGUAAAAGCAGAAAAUGCUGAAGAAACUCAGCCAGUCUGGCACCUUCGAUGGAGAGAGAAAUAGAGUUCUUUGGUACUCCAAACCGAUGCUGCUAUCCCUGCUGGGUUUCUCAGCGCACUUUCUGUUUUUAUUUCCAAUCUCUAGUAUCUGCAGUACUUCACUUUUAUCUGCAAAUAUUCAUGAUUCUCAAGAGGGCGUCCAGCAUAGUGAACAAAGUGAGAAUCUUACAGUAACACCCAAGGAAUUGUAGUUGAGAGCUUUGACCUUGGAGAAAAUUAGGUAUUUGUGGGUUUCCUCUGGCCCCUGCUAACUGGAGAUAGAUAUUGCUGCUAACUGUGGACACUCUGAGUGAGGGGAGUAAAGUCCAGGAAACUACAAAGGAGAUUUUAUGGGCGUGCAUUUCAAAGAAAUAAAUAACAUUUUUAAGAACCCAGAGGGGAGGAGGUGAACAAGUCUUUCAGUUAUAAAAGAAACAGAAUCAAAAAUUUAUUCUAAAUCAUUUGUUUCUACUGGAAACUGUUACACAGGUCACAAAUAAAGAAUUAAACUUCAGGCAAACCCUUCUCUGCUUUCACCAACUCUGUACAGGACUGAUGAUGUCUGAGGGUAUUUGCUAGGUUGAGAUGAGAAGUCUUGAAAUCAUGUGCUCUGAUUUGGUUUUACAUUGGUGCUGCAAAACUCAUUGCCUCGGUUACAGAGAAAAAAUUCCAAUUAAUCAGCAAAUGCCUGCCAAGCAAGAUGUGGUCCUAAGGGACCUUCUUUAAUAAUCUCAGUUUUUAAGCAGCCAGGGUUAGUUUGCCAAUGAAUUACUAUUAAAUAACUUGAAAUGGCAACUAAAUAUUCCUUUAUACUAUAUUCAACUUUUCUAUGGUGAAGAAUAUUCCCAGAAAUGCAAUGGAAUAGGGAAGUGUUGAGCCAUAUGAACUAUUUUGAUCUUUUAACUAAUCAAACAUUGCUUUGUUGAGAUGCUGCAUCUAGUACUGUAAUCAGAACCUGAGCAGUUUAGAAGGAAGAUGAUUGUUUUCUGUAAUUGGGUUCCAUGGUAACACUGACCUUUUUGUUUUUAAUCUUGAUGUUGUAAUUAUUGUAAACAGACCAGGUGACCUUAGUUACACGUAUAGGACAGAAUCUGCCCUUGUGCCUGUACAGUAGGUGUCAUGUGUUGAUGUGUAUUGCUUGAUAUAUUAAAAAAAAAGGUGGUUACAACAUUCUGUUUCUCAAAACAAAAUCACGCAUUUUAAGGGGAAAUCAAGUUCUGUAAAUAUUAAAAUGGAGUUUUGUUCUGGUUGGGACAAUUUAUUUAAAAUGAAAUAGAAUAUGAAUUAGAUUUUAUGUAUAAAACAACUUUGUGCACUUUUCCUACCUACAGUAUUGUUUUCUGUUAACUUUGUGAGUUCUCUCAACAGUGAAAGUGUUGUUUUAAAUGUUUAUUUAUAUGAAUUGCCCAGAGGAAUAGUGCAAUGAAAAAAAAAUGAAUACAGGUAACUGUGUUUAUUGUUGGAGAUUUGUGGGGUUUUUUUUUGUAACACCAUAGAGUGUAUUUUUUUAAAUUGACACACUUUGUUUUGUAUUUGGCACAGUACAGGCAUAAAAUGUCUCUGAGCUUUUAUUUAGUGUGACGCACCUGUGCAGAUUUCUACUGCUUAGUUUAGCGUAGAUUACUAGAGCACAUGGCAAGUUUUCAAUAGAUCUCUUUUAAUGCAUUCUGUGAAAGCUGUUUAAUUUGCAACAAAACCUGAAUCAACAGGUCCCACAGGUACAGUUUCAACAAAAAAAAUUGCUUUUCAUUUUGAGACUUUUUCUUGUACUUUCUGUGUACGGAGCAAUGUUUUCAAAUUGAUUUUUGACACCCAGCAUCUCUAAUUAAAUGCUGUGCAUAACAUUGUGCAAGAUCCUUACAAGUUGAAAAACAUGUCUUUUGGCAGAAAGCAACAGUGUAAAAUAUUAAUAUAUACCACCAUCAUCUCUCACCCUUCAAGCUCCAUAAAACUGCUGCUCAAAAUAUGUGAUUUCUUGUCUGGAACUGAUAGAAUUGUCAGAAGUGGGAUUUAGCACUGUUUCCCCUCUCACUUGUCCGUCACUGAUAGAGAUGCAACUCAAUGCUGUUAGCAGGUUAGGCAAACAAUCUCCAGUUAGGAGAGACGACUGUGUUAGGAAUUAUGGCUGAAUGCUCCCACCUCGUCGCACUGCAGGACAGUACGUUAGAUUAGAGAAAUUGCCAAAACGUUAGUGUCUAACAAUUCAAUGGUCACAGGGCACUUGUGUAGCUAGCUGCCAAUUCCCCUUUAAGGUAGACCCCCUAAGAAGUUGCACAAUUCAGCAAUUGACUCAGUGAUCAUUCGCAUCAUCUACAUGUGAUUUUUAGGCAAAAAUUUACCAGGAGUGGGCAUUCAGCAAAUAACUUCAGGGUUCAAACAGUGCACUUUCAGGAGUAUUGAUCCUCCCUCAGGAAUUCUGACCUGCCUUGAAUUGACUGUUAGUGAGAGUGGGAGUUCUUCGACUCUCUGCAGGUUGCUUCAACUGCCAGCUGAAUGCAUCUCUAAUGGGCCUCAUUUUUACAUGACACUGAUUUGAGUUUACUCAAUCCUGUCUUUAAGGAUAGUAAAGGCUCCAUGGGUAUUAUUGGUAAGGCCAUAAUUCAGUGGCCCUCGCUAAUUCCCUUGCGAGGGCGGUGGUCAAACCAAGUGCAGGGCCAUUUCAGAAAAUAUUUAAGAAUCAACCACAUUGCUGUGAGACCAGUCACCUAAAGGCCCAGACUAAAAUGGCAUGUUUCCUUCCCUAAAUACAUUUUAAAGAACCAUUUGAGUUUUACAACAGUCUAGUAGUUUCACUGGCAACAUUAUAGAUUUUAGCUUUAUAUUCAAAGUUUAAUGUAUCUGAUUAGUGGGUUUUGAACUCAUGGCUCUGGAUUACAACCUGUACAUUACUCCACACAUUUAAAUGCCUGUGUUACUGAAGCUUUUAAUAUUUCUUUUGCAGUGUUUCAUUUCUACAUGAUAACUAUAUUAUCGUUCCUUUUCUGUUUGGAGGUUUUGAGAUAUAGUCUUAGCAAAUAAUUAUCUUGUACUAAUACCACCUCACAUUUCACCCCUAAAAAGUAAGGCUCUCUUUUAAAAGUUGUCAACAUAUGUGAGGGAUACAAUACGUAUUAGUAACAGAGGUGUAACAGAAUUAUUGAUCUAAAAAAUUCUACUGGUUUCAUUUGGUAAGGAAGAGUUCAAGGUGACCACAAUUCAGUGCUGCCUGCAGGCUCCUGACAGUCUAGCAGGAGAGCUCCCAGUCCCUGAAAGGACAAGCUGUAAACAGCAUCUGUUGGGCUGAGAUUAAGGAGUUCCUACUUAUUCAUCAGGCCGAUGGGUAAUGUUGUCAUGAUGCAGUUUUUCUUUCUCUGGCAGAAACCAUUGGCCCAGUGCCAAAUCCCUGAAAACGCUCCACACGCACACAUUUACAUUCUGAGCAGUCACUAGAGACUGUCCCAAGCUGUAAUAAAUCAGGGUAGAACUUGUGUCUCCAGAUUCUGCAGAGGUAAGGCAAACCAAGCCAUUGCUGUUUAAGCCAUCUGUGUAAAUUGGAUGUGGUAUUGAUGCUUGCAGAUUGAAAUGACAAUGGAGCACAAGUUCCCUCCUGAUUCCAGAUUAGAGUGGUCCUGGAAAAGCACA